AUGACUGGCACAUUUACCUCCUUAGGACUUUGCAACACCGACAACAUAAGAAAAAUUGAGGCAAAUGUUCCUGCAAAAGUCAAACACCUUGGCUUAAGCGGAAAUCCUUUCUUCUGUACAUGCGAUCUUGUAUGGUUUAGAGCCUGGAUACAACUGAAUUCCAUGAAAAUUAUAGGUUGGCCCUCAAACUACACCUGCAGCCUUCCCAAAGAAUGGGUACAUAAAAGUCUAGCAGAUUUUGAUUUGGAUUAUUCAGCUUGUCAUCCCCUUAGCCCUUACGUCAUAUUUGCCAUUUGCAUAUCCUCUGUGUCUUUUCUAUUUCUCAUAAUGUCUUUCAUAACGUAUAAGAAGAGAUGGCAAAUUAAAUAUCAACUUUACCGAUUAAGUGCAAGAAGACGAGGGUAUCAGGUUUUAGGAGAUCACGAAUUUGAAUACGAUGUAUUUGUUUCAUAUAAUUCGUCAGAUAGCGUAUGGGUAAUUUCAGAAAUGAUUCCGCGACUAGAAAAGAAGGAAAAAAUGAAAUUAUGUUUGCAUGAAAGAGAUUUCGAAGUUGGCAAGCAUAUUGUGGAUAAUAUUGUCGACGCCAUACAAAACAGUCGCAAAGUUUUGAUCAUAUUGUCCAACAGAUUCGCACAGAGUCAGUGGUGUCAGUUCGAAUCCACCAUGGCACAACUACGGUCAAUAAAGAGUGGAGAAGGUGCAGUGAUUGUGAUUAUUUUAGAGAACAUUCACAUGCAAAAUAUGAGCAAGUCCUUACAUAUUCUGAUGAAAACCACAACUCUCAUAGAAUGGACAAAGGACAAAAGGGCAAAGGAAAUGUUGUGGAACAAUGUUGUGUCUACUAUCAAAUCUUAA